GCGGGGACGCUCCACUCCCGCGACAAUCUCUGUGGCGGCCGGCGAGCACUUUGCAACGGUCGCCCCCACUCUCGGUUGGUUACGUGCGCGCUCUUGUUUACAAUCGACCCCGGCCGGGCGUUUGAAAGGUGUUCGUUCCGCUGCGUUGCGCUCGGUGACGCGUGUUUUCGUGUUUCGUCUACACCCCCCCCCGCACACCCCUUUUUUUUCUCCAACUAUUGCUUUCGUUGACAACUGACAGUGGUGCGUGUUCUUUUGGCGGGAUUUUAACCGGCGUGGGGUGUCGGGCUGCUGCUGUGAGCCGGAAGUCGCGCUGCCGGUGAUGACAGCUGAGACGCGGCCGGCAUUCCGCCUGUAGACGCGUAGCAAAGGAGAAGUAUUAAUAAGAGUUUCUUUUUUUUUUUUUUCCUCUCUCGAGUUCCGGUGUUGUUUUUGUUACUACGCCGUGUGAAACCAUGGACAGCAACUCGGUGUCGCCGAUGCCGGAGAUGGCGCCCAUGGCGGAGUUCGACAAGUCGCCGCCCAGCCCGCCCGAGACGCCGCCCAUGGGGGGCGGGGCGGACGACCUGCCGCCGCCGCCCGCCCCCGCCUCCACCGCCGCCCCCGGGGACGGCGGCGUCAAGGUCGCCUUCGGGGAGCCCGUGUCGGAGAAGCACCGGCAGUACGACGACGACAGCGAGUGGGCGUGCUCCAACUGGUUCGAGUACAUGCUCGUGGUGGUGCUCGCGAGCCUGCUGCUGCUGGGCUCGCUCACGCUCACGCUCUUCUGGGUGCUGUACUACCGCAAGGGCUUCGCGUGGACCGAGAAGCCGGAGCUGCAGUUCAACCUGCACCCGGUGCUCAUGGUCGCCGGCUUCGUCACCUUCAGCGGCUUCUCGCUGCUGCUGUACCGCAUCUGCCGCUGCUGCCGGCGGAUCUACGUGAAGCUGUUCCACACCAUCUUCCACGCGCUGGCCAUCCCGUGCGUGGUGGUGGGCUUCAUCGCCGUGCUGGACUCGCACAACCUCGCCAACCCGCCCAUCGCCAACUUCUACUCGCUGCACAGCUGGAUGGGGCUCGUCACCAUGGGCCUGUUCGCGCUGCAGUUCGUGGUGGGCUUCUUCAGCUUCCUGAUCCUGCUGUGCUGCGAGAGCGCCACCGCCGCCUUCAGGGCCGCGCUGGUGCCCAUCCACGCGACCUUCGGCAUCACCACCUUCAUGAUGGCCAUCGCCACCUGCCUCACGGGCCUCACCGAGAAGGUGUUCUUCACUCUCGGUGACUACGCCACCAUGCCCGAGGAGGGGAUAGUUGUGAAUGCUCUGGCGAUGGUGUUGGUUGCUUUGGGGAUUCUGCUCUCGUACGCCGUCAGGCGGGAUGCUUUCCGCACGCACGUUAAGAGCUUCGUCACGGAGAGGCUGUAAGCCGGGGCCACCCCUCUCCCCUCCCACCCGCCCCGCACCGUUCACUGGGGUCCAAAAACAAAACAUAAAAAAGAUUGAGAAAAAAAAAAUUAACUUUCAUCAUAUAGCGUAGCUGUUACUAUGAAAAUCUUCACUGUUCAUGCUGCACCUGUCUUCUUGUGCGUGAUUGAUUCAUGAUGACCUGCACCACAAAGAAGAAGAAGGAAGGAAGGAAAACGGGAACAUCUUUCGAUACCUCUCUCGUGAGCAGCAGUUCUGAAGAGGAAUAGAGAGAUCCCUGUGCUUACGUCUGCAAUCUCUAUGGGCUGUGCUUGGGGAAAACAGCCGUCAUCUUGCUGCCAUCACACGCUGAUCUCGCCUCGCCCGACAGUGUAAACUUUCGCCUCCUGCCCGGCGCGAGCUCUUGACGCCCGACACAAGGCCCAGCGCUCAAGCGGGUUUGAUCCCUGCCACCCGGCACGACUCAACUGUAUGUGCAUCACGUCGGUGUCCCUGGUGGUUCGAAGCGGCGGUCUUGGGAGGUCCUGUCGCCUUAAUCCUCCGUGCAUGAUGGGCUAAUGUUAAACCCUAUAAAUAUUAAACCAAUUUUUAAGUGGGCCAUAACACUUAUGUGUUAUGAACAUCGUGUAUAAAUAUUUGUUGUGUAAAAAAAAAAAUCCCUUGAAGUGAGCAUAGCUGUUUCUUCAUUAAUUUGCAGUUUUUGCUCGUGAUGAGCACUAUCAGAAUUAUUAAUUUCACUUGGUUCAACACUUAUAGUACCCACAAAUAGUGCAAACAAUCAUAAGUUUUAUUUGUCUGCAUUUUUUUAGAGUUGUUUUUCACUUUCUAUAAUUUUAAAUGCUGUUGUGAACAAGGGAACAAGACUCACGAUUGUAGAGGAAUGAGGUAGUAAUAUGUUUUUUUUUUGUUCGAAAAUCAAAUAUUGUUUACACUGUCUGCUCAGGCAAGGAAGCAAUUGCAGUCCGUUCUAACCGAUCUGGUCUCCAGACUUCCCAAACCAGUGCAAUACGUUGUCCUUGUGGAGACUUUCAACGUGCCGUUUGAAAGACACUUGCAUAUUACUUUACGGUGACUUUUAGACCUUGGUGUUUUGUGGUUGACGUCUGCGGCAUGAUCACUGGAAAUAUGGAUGUCAAUGUGGAGUUUUGCGUUGGGCUUUGGUUGUGUAAAUAUGUUAGGUGUUAUUAUAUAAAUUGCAUGAUGUUAUAUAUCUUGUUAAGAGGUCAAGCCUUUCACCACACAGUUCGUUUGCACUUGCGUGAACGUGCCGUGUCACGCAUCGCCAAACCGGGAAGUCUGAGAGUCCGUGUUCGCUGCGUGUUUCAUUCAAUCCUAAAAGUGUGUAGUAACUGAAUGUGUUCACUUUUGUAAGUGUUUUUUGGCUAGCAUAGCUGCUCUCGUGAUUCAAAGAAUGCAGUUGGUGGACCAAUAGCAUCUUUGUGUUUCGAUGCUACGACUUUUUCCGUCACCGUGGCACCAUGAUGUGCAGGUGACAAGUACGGUGAGCUUGGAGACUGGUUUGUGGUGACGGAGUUGUUUGCUGCUGUAAAUAGUUUACAAAUGUGUUUCUAGCAUGAAAGCUUCAUAUACAAUGUAUGUGCCAUGAUAUUUAUUACCAGUUUUUCUAUUUUACAAAUCUGACUGCGGUGAAGGUCUUCACUCAAUAGCAGCGUUGAAAGAAAUAUGUAUGUAUGAAUAUUUAGCAGUGGAAAAUAUUUGGGGGAGGUUUGAAUGGGAUUUGCAGCAGAAGCAAUUUUCAUGGGGUUGGUUUACCCCUCAACAUAUGAACAGUUUUAAUUAUCAAUACGUAUACUUUUCUCACAUAACAGUUUCAAUUCUUUUGAAGUUCACGGACGCUUACCACCAAGAGAAACAAAAUAUAUUGAAAUAAAGUAUAUAAUGUGAAAACAGAAACUAUCAGGAAAUAAUAAUUUUGAUGAGGCAGAACUCAUAAAAAAAAUGCUAAGGAACCGUCACAGUUAUUAUGUUAGACUUGCCAUUCAGUUUGCUCAAUUUUCUUGCUAGGAACUCAUAGUCAAUAAUGUUGUCACAAAGAUGAUUCUGUCAUACAAUAAUAUCAUUGUGAAUCUGAAACUGUCUUGUGAUAAAAAUAAAUUAAAAAAAACAUCAAAUUUGGCAUUGAAGUAAUUAAAUUCGAAAGAAAAAAGUCUGAAAAUACAGAUCAUCCACUGUUGAAUUUGGUUGUGUUAUAAAAACGUGUACAUACAUGAAAGUCUGCUUUUGAAAAUGUGCAUAUUGUAAACCAAUACAAUUUAUUAAUUUUCUUAAUCAAAAUGUAUGAAGCAUGCCUGUUAAAUGUGAUUUUAAAAAAUAUAUUAUGCUUAUAUAAAGAACUUUUUUGAGAAAAAACAAUUUUUGAUGGCAAAACAUUUUUACAAAUCAUUCCAUGUUUCUGUAGAAGUAAUGUAGAUGUUGCAUAUAAACUACAUAUUGUUUAAACAGUGUUUCUGGUGGACGGAACAGCUGUUUUUGAAGGUUCAAUUAGUAGUUAAGUGUUGGAAGAGGAAAAAUGUAGCAGUUACUUGGGUAAAUUAUAUGUAUCUAUUUAUUCUUCCCGAUAACUGAGAUAUUGGUCUUUACUUUUGUUUAGUUUCUGUCAUCACAAGGAACAUUGCGCUUAUUUUUAUUCACUCGCACUGUAUUGUCUAUUUUAUGUAUUACUUGUUUAGCAAAAUUUCUUGUAUUUAAAUAUUCCUACUGUUCUAAUGAUAUGUUUAAAAGAUAUUUUUAUAUUUUGUCUAAUGGUGGUGCGACAUGUCAACAAUCUGAACAAUUUUUUUUCCCCAGUGUAGCUAGCGGAUCUUAUUGGGUCCAGCAGUCCAUUUUCAAACUGUUGCAUCCGUGCCGUACCUUCAGAAAUGAUGGAGACAUUGCAUUGUUUACUUUUUCAGUUUUUAAUGUAAAUUUUUUUUUUUUUUUUUUUUCUGGUUUGUGUCUCCAUCAACAAGUUGCUCAAUUGUAAUACAGAGGAAAACAUUGUAGGUUAUUCAGUUUAGCUGUUUGAAGAAAUGUUUGGAAAAAAAAUAAAGGUACCUAGUUCAAUUUAUGAAUUUAUGGGUGUGAUUAACAUUUUUUUUGCUAUGGGUCAGGAAAUAUCUUCUUUGCAGAAAAUUCAAAGGCUGCUUACACGAAGCAAAAUUUGUGACAUAAUGGUUCAGCUGCUGAUUUUCUGAAAAACACUUUGAUUUAUUGUUUCUAUAUUUUUUUUAAAGCAUAUUUUUAAUUUAACAUAAUUCUGUGAAAUAGCUGAUCUCUGAAUCAACUACAAGUGUGUUAAUACUUGCAACAUUUUGAGUUCUGCGAUAUUGUUGCAAUACAUCUUCAGUUACUUUAAGAGAAAUAUUUAGACUUUUAUCAUUUCCAAAUUAUUAAUAAAAAAUGUUUUAUUAGUGCCUACAAUCUAUUUUACUUAGUGCAGUAAAUGUUUAAAUUACUUUUUUAAUUUGAUUUCAAAGCAGCCACCUACUUCAGAAAAACAAAUUCUUGUAAAAGUACUUGCUAAAAGAUUUUAUGGAUGCAAUAUCUGAUGCCCGAUACCAAGUGUAUCUUUGCAUUUUGUGGAAGGUGACGAAACAACUUUUAUUUUGUGUAUGUGAAACAUACUUGCAGCUGAAUCUAAGCAGAACAUUUUUUGCCUCAAAUGUGUGAUCCCGUGUUUAAUUUUAAUUUCUGAAAAGCUCAAAUGAGACAUAAGUUGUUAUUGCACGAGAAGAUGUCAUCCCUUUGGGACCACUCGUGCAAAAAAUUGCAAAUAUUGGAUGCCGUGCCACAAGGAUCGCGGUGACAUCUUGAAUACACUAAUUAAAUGUAAUUGAUUUUAAAAUUAAAGUAUUUUAUACAUCU